AAAGGUAGUGUGAAGGGAGGAGUGGGAGGUCACUCUCAAGCUGUCAAUCAGCAAAUGGAAGCAAAAUGGAAAUUGAUAUUGUGCGGAGCACCAAAUUAAUUGACUAUAUAGUUGUGCAUUAGUACUGACUUGAGAAGGAGAGUUGGCUCAAUACACUGUGGUUGGACUGGCUCUGAGUACAGUACAUGACUAGAUAGAGGGAGGGAGAGGCUACUGUGAGGGGUAGUGAGAGAGAAGGACGCAGUGUGGGCGGGUAGAGAAACGGGAGAGAGGGAGGUGGCAUCGGUGCCUCGCAGCAUCGUCGUUAUUUUCACACGGGGUUUGCUGGAAAAAAAGGGAGAACGUUGUGGCAAAACCCACUGUUUUAAUACGCAUUCCAGUCUUAAUAUAAAACAUAAGACACAGUAAGCGAGAGGGAGAGUAUCACUACCACUCCAUUCCCUUGUGAUCUGAAUUUGAUUCGGCGGAGAAGGAGAGGGAGGCGGCGGAGAGGUGAGACACCGAUGCUGUGAGACAGAAGCGUUGGGUACCAAAAGCAUCUCGUCACGAUGGAAAGAAUAAGUUUUCUCUCCCUUCUUCUCCUGGGUCUGAGCUGGGUUGCCCACAGCAACAAAGCCAAUAAGCACAAGCCAUGGAUUGAGACAGAGUACCAGGGGAUUGUGAUGGAGAAUGACAACACAGUCCUGCUGAAUCCACCUCUCUUUGCGCUGGACAAAGAUGCCCCCUUACACUAUGCAGGAGAGAUAUGUGGGUUCAGAGUGCACAGCGGUACGUCAGGCGCGGGUUCAGCCCAGUUCGAGGCCGUGGUCCUGGACCGGUCAACAGGGGAGGGUCUGGUCCGUUCCAAAGAGCCUCUGGACUGCGAGAGCCAACGGGAGCACAGCUUCACCAUCCAGGCCUAUGACUGCGGGGAGGGUCCUGACGGGGUCAACAGCAAGAAGUCACACAAAGCCACAGUACAUGUGCGUGUCAACGAUGUGAACGAGUUCUCGCCGGUGUUUGUGGAGCGGCGAUACGAGGCGUCUGUGCCCGAGGGCCGCCUGUUCGACCGUAUCGUGAGAGUGGAGGCGUUAGACGCGGACUGCUCCCCACAGUACAGCCAAAUUUGCUUCUACGACAUCAUCACCCCCAACGUUCCCUUCGCUAUCGACAAUGACGGGAACAUUAAAAAUACAGAGCCUCUGGAUUCAAAACGCCAAAGGGUCCACAGCUUCUGGGUGACUGCGUUCGACUGUGGCAAGAACCGCGCUCAGGCUGACGCCCAGGUCAUCGUCACUGUCAAACCCUCAUGCAAGCCUGGCUGGAUCGGAUGGUCAAAGCGGGUGGAGUACACCCCUGGCUCAGGCAGCAUCCCCUUGUUCCCCAACCUGCAUCUGGAGACCUGCGAGGAGACCGUUUGGAACAUCCAGGCCACCGUAGAGCUGCAGACCGGUCAUAUUGGCAAGGGUUGUGACAGAGACAGCUACUCUGACAGAUCGGUGCGCAGGCUGUGUGGUGCAGUAAGGGGGGAGGUGGAUUUGCUCCCACCCCCUUCCCCGGCAGCCAAUUGGACAGCAGCCCUCCCCACUCUCCCUUCUUCUGAUUCGUCGCUCGUGUUCUCAUUCAAUGGCUCGACCCACGUUGCCGUGGUGCCCGAUUCAGUGGCUGCUGCAGUGUCCGGGGAUCACUUCACCCUCCAAUUAUGGAUGCGAAGGGGAGGGGCCAACAUGCAGCCACCAGCUAAUCAGGCACGAGGAAGCCACAGGGAGGAAGAGACCAUCAUCUGCAGCACCGUCAGGAAUGAUGACUCCUUCUCUCACUACUCUCUGUCGGUUCACGGCUGCCGGCUGUCCCUGUUCUACUGGCCUGAUGUCACCACCGCCCGUCCCGUGAAGUUCCUGUGGAAGCUGGAGCAGGUGUGUGACAGUGAGUGGCACCACCUCUCCCUCAGUGUCCAGUUCCCCUCAGUCACUUUGUACGUCGAUGGCGUGACCUUUGACCCCGCACUCAUUCAUGACAACGGAGCCAUUCCUAGCCCUGCCCCCCGUCAGCGAUUGGUCAUUGGUGCAUGCUGGGAGCCAGAAGAGAAACAGAAAGACAUUGUGAACAACACCAUCCCUGAGGGCAGGGAUACAGGGAGGUACGUAGGAGGUUACCGAGGCCUGUUGUCAGGGGUGACUGUGCGGCCAGGAAGCGUGGAACCUCACAGCGUGGUGGAGUGUCUGUAUGCCUGCAGGGAGGGGCUGGAUUUCGGUGACCUGGAAACCCUGGGAUCAGGGAUGAAGGUGCACGUGAAUCCCAGUCAGUCUGUCUUGGUCCUGGAAGGGGACGACAUCGAAAGCUUCAACCGAGCCGUGCAGCAGGUCACCUACAGAAACUCCCUUCGCUUUGCCACUCCCGGGGUUCGCCCACUCAAACUCACGACCUCCCUCAGGUGUUUCAGUGAGGAGGGCUGUCUGUCUCUCAGGCAGUUAGAGGGAUACCUCGUGGUCCUUCAGCCUGAUGCCCCGCAGAUCUCACUGUCUGGGGUGGGCCCCCACUUGGCUCGGCCAGCUCCUGAGUUCGAGUCGCCCCACGGGGUGCCCCUGUUCCCUGAGCUGAGGAUUGUGUGUUCCCUCUCCCACGCUGUCAACACCGCUGCACAGGGCAUGGAGGGAGGGGCACUAAUGUCAGAUGCAGUGGCUCACACAUUGGACGGAUGUGAAGUCCAGCCCUUGGGGGAGGAGUUAAACCCAGAGAGGGAGGAGCUUCUGGUGGAUGUGGAAUCAUUAAGGGAAAGGGGGCUGGACAUCAUUAACACAACAGCGUACAUAGCUAUUACAGGGGCUGAGUCAAUCUCGGUGUAUGAGGACAUUCUCCGGUCCAUUCGCUACCGGCUAGCCAAAGGCUCUGCCCGCUUCGAGAGGCGGUUCCGUCUCUCCUGCUCUGAGAUGAACGGGCGGUACACCAGCAACGAGCUGACGCUGGAGGUGAAUUUCCUGCACUCUCUGGACAGCCUGUAUCACCCAUCACACCUCCUGGCCUCACAGCAGCAGUUCCUCCACCCGUCUCACCACUCCGGAGAGCUGAGCGGCCACACCCUCCCCAACCCACACCGCAAUUCUGUGGUACCAGGAGCAGCCACAGUGAUCAUUAUGGUCUGUGUGGGGUUCUUGGUUGUCAUGGUGAUCCUGGGCGUGUUCAGAAUCCGCUCCAUCCAUCGCCGAGGUGAGGGGGCCCGGGGUGGAGCAAAGGAGGGCAGUGGCCAGUGGGAUGACUCUGCGCUCACUAUCAUUGUCAACCCCAUGGAGUCCUACGAGUCUCGCAUGGGAACAUUGGCAGACACAGAGGGAGAGGGGGAGGAGGACGAGGAAGUGAUGGACUCACCUGGUGAUGGCAGCGAUGACCAGCGAAUCAUCAUCAAGAAGGAAGCGAGAGACAGCACUCCUCGGCGUUACUGAGCCAACCCGUGCACACUGAAGCACCCUCACAAGUGACUCUGCAUCACUAAAUACACUCAAACACAUGGCUCAACUCAUUUGUAAAUCACUACACAAACAUCUAUAGAAUGUAUGCUCACAAACAUGACGCACAACUGUAAUUCUCAAAUAGCACACAAGUGCAUUCAGCCUUUCUCUUUACAAAUUUGCUGCACAAUUAUUGACCACCUAAUGCCAACAUGGAACACCUAACUCUAAGGGCUGUGUUGUAUCAUGCCAAUACCCUCAACACGAAGAGUUUAUGACAGAGUCGAAAUUCAGAAAGGUAUACAACACAAUAUGAAGUGGCAAGCACGCUAGAGAGUGUAUGUCACAAUGCAUUACAGAACAGACUUCCACCUCAAACAAACAAGGCAAAAAUAAAGGCACAGAAUUUCCACAAGCCACCACAACUGAAAUGCAGUAAAUAUUCAGACCCCACAGUCCUUCAGAUGCACAGUCAGUCCCGGAUCAUGUCCUACUCUGUCGACACAAAAAUCUUGCCCAGAGGGUCCUCUUUGCUGCACAAUCUGUACACAUUCCUCUACUCCACACGCGGCGAUCUGAGUAACAACCACACGGGCCAAAACAAUGCGAAUUGGGCCGUUAACUAGAGAAUCUGUGACAGCGGUCACUACGCAGAGUCAGUGCUGCAGAGCGUCUGAAUGCACGGUCCUCACAGCUGAUUCACAUGCACCACACAGCCUGUCUGCUGCACAGAGCCUCACUGCACCGUGCUACCCCCCCUGCUCUAACUAGAAUGUCAGCUCAGCUUGGGCAGUUUUGAUU